AUGAGCUUGUGGCUCGAGACGCAGCUGGAGCAGUGCUUCUUCGCCGCUCAGAAGGACUUGAGCUACUACUCGUGCCUCGUCAACUCUGGUGUCUUCUCGUCCUCGACGUGUGCGCUCACGUGUCCGGACGGCGCUGCAUCAUGCUGCAGCACCUCGGAGGCCGCAACGCAAUGCAUCGCUGAGCCACCGACGCGCGCGUGCAAGGCGCUCUUCGACACGUACCUCUUUGCACCGCUGGGGUGCGCAUCGCUCUCGUCCGCUGCGAUUCUCGCGAUGAGUCUCGCAGCGUUGGUCUGCAUCGUCGGUCCUUUGUGGCUUCUCGUGCACUGGCGCAAGCAGCGCGCGGCCAAGACGUCCCAACGCUCUGCGAGCGAAUUGCGCUUGGAACGCCAAGUGGGCAUCCUGGUCUGGAAGAACUUUCAACUCAUCAAGCACCGGCCGUGCCGCGCGCUCUUCGAGUUGCUGCUGCCGCUCCUUCUUGUCGGCGCGCUCGUCGUGCUUGGGUUCCUUCCCACGUUUGCGGCCUCGUCCUCUGAUGAGAAGUGGAACACUCGGUAUAGCUGCACGAGCAACGUCGACUGCACCACCGCGCUUCUCUCGACGCGCGCCCUCGUCGACGUCGUCGACCUUCUACUCGAGCGGGCAGCCGGUCUUUGGCAUGUUUUCUUGCUGUCGUACCUCCGCUUUGUGCCGUCGCUCACGUCCAAGAUCGUGCUCGAGAAGGAGAAGCGGCUCACGGAGGGCAUGAAGAUGAUGGGCGUCUCGGACGCGGCGCUGCGCCUCUCGUGGCUCCUCGCCGACCACGCCGUCUACACGUGGCUCGCGCUCGCCAUGGCGCUCGAGCUCAAGUUUGGCCACGUGUUUCCGAUGGCCGACCUCGCGACGCUCUUCUUCUUCUUUGCUGCGUUUGGUCUCUCGAUGGUCUCGUUUGCGCAUCUCAUGAGCAUCUUCUUCAACAAGUCCAAGACCGCCGCGAUUGCUUCCGUCUUGGUGUGGGUCCUCGCCUUCCUGCCGUUCUACGCCGUGGGCGCAUCGUCGCAUACGUCGCAGUAUGCCGCUGCGCUAAGUGCCCCGACGGCCUUUGCCCUCGGCAUCGAAGUCCUCACGCAGCAGGCGCAGCGCGGCACCGAGCCCUACUACAGCAUCGCGUCGACGCAAGCCACCGGCGGCAGCCGCGUCAGCGACAUGACGUGGUUCCUUCUUAGCGACGCUGUCUGUAUGCUCCUGGCGUGCUGGUACUUGGAGCAAGUCGUGCCGCAACAGUACGGCGUGCCCAAGCCCUGGUACUUUCCGCUGCAUCGCGCGUACUGGGCUGUGCGGGGCAGAGCACCGCGCCCGUCUCGCCGCCACUUCACCGCGCGCUUCUCCGAUGCUCCCGACUAUGACGAAAUGGCGACGCCAAGCACGCGUGGUGCAUCGCCCUUGCAUCAGGCCAACGUCGAGCCGCCGACGCAAGCCUUGCGUCUCAAGGAGCAGCGCGGCGAGUGCGUCCAGCUCGUCGGUCUCCGCAAGACGUUCAAGACGGACGACGGCGAGAGCAAGGUCGCGGUCCACAACCUCCACGUGACCAUGUACGCUGGCCAGAUCACGGCGUUCCUCGGCCACAACGGCGCCGGCAAAACCACGACCAUCUCGAUGCUCACGGGUCUCUUUCCGCCGACCAAAGGCACGGCCUAUGUCUUUGGCAAGACGAUCACGGACGACAUGGACGCGAUCCGCGCCAGCAUGGGCGUCUGUCCGCAGCACGACGUGCUCUACGACGAGCUCUCGGUGCUCGAGCACCUCCAGCUGUACGCGGCGCUCAAGGGCAUUGAGGACGCAAGCGCGCAGAUUGACGCGAUGGUCGCCGAGGUCGGCCUGGUCGAGAAGCGCCACGUGGCCUCGGCCAAGCUCUCGGGCGGCCAGAAGCGCAAGCUCAGUGUCGCGAUCGCGCUUCUCGGGAAGAGCCAAGUGGUGUUUCUGGACGAACCCACCUCGGGCAUGGACCCGUACUCGCGCCGGUUUACGUGGAAUGUGCUCCAGCGCAACCGCGAGAACCGGGUCAUGGUGCUCACGACGCACUUUAUGGACGAAGCCGACUUGCUCGGCGACCGCAUCGUCAUCUUGUCGGACGGUCGGCUCUGCUGUGCGGGCUCGUCGCUCUUUCUCAAGCAGCUCUACGGCACGGGCUACAACCUGACGCUCGUCAAGACGAGUGCGUGCAACGUGACGGACCUCGUGGCGUUUCUACGGCGGUUUGUGCCCGACGCCAACGUCCUCAGCAACGUCGGCGCCGAAGUCGUCGUGCAGCUGCCGACGCACGCGAGUCCGCAGUUUCCCGACCUCCUCCUCGCUUUAGACAACGAGUUGGAGACACGGGGCAUCGUCGAGUACGGCAUCUCGAUCACGACGCUCGAAGAAGUCUUUUUGCGGAUUGCCCACCAAGGCGACGUCAACGGUCCGUCCGAAGCGCUCGUCGACUGGCACGAGAGUCCACACAUCGUACUCGAGAAGCCGCCUCGGGCAGGCGCCGAUGCAACUCGGCCGCCGUCGUUCCGACAGCAAUAUGUCGCCAUGCUUCAAAAGCGCUGGCGCGUUUCCCGCCGCGACAAGAAGAACAUGAUGUUUACACUGGUCAUCCCCGUGCUCUUCCUUGGGCUGCUCGCGCUGCUGCCGUCCAUUCGCGUCGCGAGCUACCUUCCGUCGUACGCGCGGGGCGUCAGCGUCGAAGAGGUCGAGAACUACAAGGCUUGCAAUAUCGUUUUGACCAGCUCGACGGCCAACUACGAGUGUGCCUACGGCAUCGCGACCGCCGUGUGCCCCAACUGCCAGCCCUUCGUGUACGGCUGCGGUGUGACCAACUACUGCUCGGAAGGCAGCAUUCGAGGCAACUCGUCAUCCCCGUACUGCGCCAUGGACGGUGGCUUUCUGCGCAGCACCAGCGUCUGCAUGACCGAGUGGUUCAGUCACUGCUCACUGGGCCUUGCCGACUGCGAUGCCACGGCGUGCUGCGACGCCACGAAGCCCGUCUCGCCCUACUAUCCGUGCUCGAGCUGCGCGUCCAACAAGUGGCCGUGCUAUAGCGGCAGCUGCAUCGUCAAGAGAGACGCCAAGCUGCAAGGCCAGAUCAACACGUUCCUCGCCUGCCUCAUCAUUGUCAUUGGCUUUGCGUUCGUGCCUGCGUCCGUCGUCGUGUUUAUCGUCAAGGAGAAGGACCCGCACCAGAACGCCAAGUACCAGCAGCUCGCUUGCGGCUCGUCCGUCUUUGCCUACUGGUUUUCGAUUUGGACCCACGAUGUCCUCUUCAUGCUUGUGCCGGUCGCCGUCGCCGUCGCCUUGCUGCCGUCGUUUGCAAGCUUUCAGAACGACUCGGCGUCCAUUCUCGGAGGCCUCGCCCUUCUUCUGACGCACGUGCUCUCGAUGCUGCCGCUCGCGUACCUCUUUACGUUUCGGUUCACAAAGCACGCAGCCGCACAGACGUCCGUGCUGGUGUUUUGCCUCGUCACGGGCGGUCUCCUCAGCAUCAUCUCGUUCCUCUGCCGCUUGAUUGACUUUGAUCUGAUCAAGAACCAGCUCACGCUCGCGCAGCUCGACACACAGUAUCUGCGCUGGGUGUACCUGCUCUUUCCCGGGUACGCGCUCACGGACGGGCUCUUUCAGAUUGGCAUGCGCAAGUACGGCAACCCGUUUGGCGGCAUGGGAGCAGGUGCGUGUCCGAUCGAGCAAUCGUGCUGGAGUGCCAACGUCCCUGGGUGCUGCACAGCUAAUGUGUUUGAACUGUCUGUCGCGGGGCGGAGCCUUCUCUAUGGGGCCGUCGAAGCGGUGCUGUUGACGCUCUUGGUGCUGUACGCGGACCGCCAGCACACCGCCCGGCUGCCAACCAAGGCCGAUGACGCGUACCGCGAACGCGGCAGCUUGCUGGAGCCAGACGUCGCAGCUGAAGCGGUGCGCGUCAUGCAAGGCCGUGCGAGCGGCGACAAUGUCGUCCUGCACAAGCUGCACAAACAGUACGGCGCCGAGAAGAUUGCGCUCCACCAGCUCAGCCUCGGCAUUCCAAAAGGCGAGUGCUUUGGCUACCUCGGUAUCAACGGCGCGGGCAAAUCGACGACGCUGCAGAUCCUGCAUGGGGCACUGCAGCCAACGUCGGGCUCGGUCACGGUCAAUGGCCACUUGUUGCCCGCCGAGCUCCGCGCGGCGCGGGCCUCGACAGGCUACUGUCCGCAGUUUGACGCGCUCCACGACCUGCUCACGGUCCAAGAAGAGCUCGAGCUCUACGCGCGCCUCAAGGGUGUUAUCGAUGUGAAGGCGGCGGUCGCCGCCAAGAUGGACCAGUUUGGCCUGCACGCGUUCAAGGCCAAGCGAACGCAGGGCCUCAGCGGCGGCAACAAGCGCAAGGUGUCGACGGCCAUCGCACUCUUGGGGUCGCCGACGCUACUGCUCUUGGACGAACCGUCCACCGGUAUGGACCCGGCCGCGCGCCGCGACAUGUGGGACGUGAUUGUCGGCGUCCUGCAGGAGAAGAGUUGUUCGGUGAUUUUAACGACGCACUCGAUGGAGGAGUGCCAAGCGCUCUGCACGCGCAUCGGCAUCCUCGUGAGCGGCCAGCUCAAGUGUCUCGGCACGGCGCAGCACCUCAAGCACAAGUUUGGCCGCGGCUUUACGCUCGACCUCAAGCUCGAAUCGCUGCCCGAAGACGCGUGGCCAGUGCUGCCGACAGCGUCGUCGAUGUUGACGAUGGACGACAUCGUUAGUCUCUGCAACGAAAUGGACUGUCCAGAACGACUGGAGCGGCUCCAGUCGGACUGGGUCCUCCAGCACUACGUUGAGAAGGACGGCGGCGUGCCGCUCGAUGUGCUUCGGCAGUGGUGGGCGACCGAUAACGCCAGCGACGCGCUCCUGCAGCGUCUUGACGCGGACGUUGAAGGCGCUACGCUCAUCGAGCACCACGGCGAGCACUUCCGCCUCCACGUAGAAAAGGCCUUUGGCCACACGCUGCAUUCGCUCUUUGCGUGGAUGGAAGGCCACAAGAAGGCCUUGCACCUGGCGCAAUACAGUGUGAGUGAUACGACGCUGGAAGAGAUCUUCAACGACAUGGCCGCGAGCCAAGACGAAGAGAAGCUCAGUGUUAAUGGCCGCCGCCAGCUCGCACUUCGAGCAAGCAGCCGCCAGUCGGUGCGGUCGUACCACCGUUCGAGUUCGCUGCACAAACUGCCCAUCAAAGCCAAGCCUCUAUGACGUCGAAGAGGCGUCCAAAACGACGAAGGCUAAAGCAUCUCUAGUAUAUGCACACGGCCAUGAAGGAAGCGUGGCGACAGUUUAAGUACGUAGAUCCAGGGUUUUGACGUCGCUGCAUGACGUCGAAGAGGCGUCUAAAAUAGGUUAAUUUGAUUAUAUGGCUGGC